AUGGCUUCUGCGGCAGAAAUCAAGCCUGAUAUCCACGAUGCCGACAUUGUCAGCAAGAACGAGGCUGGCGACAUCGAAAAGAAAAGCGUUUCCGACAGCGACCAUCACCACGCCGAAAACCCUACGGAUCAUGCACUCACUGCUGCCGACAAGGAACACUACGAGAAGUAUGGCACCUACGACCGCUACGAAAUCACAGAGGAAGAUUGCUAUGACGAGCUUGGAUUUUGCUUUCCAACAUGGAAGAAGUGGACCAUUCUCAGCAUCGUCUUCAUGGUGCAGGUCAGUAUGAACUUCAACACCUCGCUGUACAGCAACGCCGUGACAGGUAUAUCGGAGGAGUUUAGCGUUAGUGCGCAGGCAGCGCGUCUGGGAGCGGCCCUCUUUCUAAUCGCGUAUGCGUUCGGUUGUGAGCUCUGGGCGCCCUGGAGUGAAGAGCUAGGACGGUGGCCCAUCCUCCAGCUCAGUCUGUUCUUUGUCAACAUAUGGCAAAUUCCCGUGGGCAUUGCGCCCAACUUCGGGACCAUCCUUGCAUUCCGCACACUUGGUGGUCUCUCUACUGCGGGUGGUUCUGUGACUCUUGCUAUGGUGGCUGACAUGUGGGAACCUGACAACCAACAAUACGCCGUCGCUUUCAUCGUCUUCUCCUCCGUCGGUGGUUCAGUCCUCGGUCCUAUUGUGGGUGGCUUCGUCGAACAAUUCCUCGCUUGGAGAUGGAACAUCUGGAUUCAGCUGAUAUUCGGUGGCGCUGUCCAAAUCGCCCACGCCAUCUUCGUCCCCGAAACCCGUACAACGGUCCUCAUGGACCGCAUUGCCAAGAAGCGCCGUACAGAAGGCGAAAAGAGUGGCAAGCCAAACAACAUCUGGGGACCCAACGAGCUCAAAACGUUCAAGGAGCGCUUCAGUGUACACGAGAUUCUCGUUACGUGGGUCCGUCCCUUCCGCAUGUUCCUCACGGAACCCAUCGUGCUUGUCCUCUCCCUACUCUCCGGUUUCUCUGAUGCAAUCAUCUUCAUGUUUUUGCAGUCUUACGCGCUAGUAUACGCUCAGUGGGAUUUUCCUGCAUAUGCCAUUGGCCUCACUUUCGUCGCUAUAGGUAUCGGAUACUUCAUCGCCUGGUUCUCUUUCUUCCCAGCUAUCAAGCGCAACGAGCGCCUCCGACGCGACCAUCCUGACGAUGAGCGCUCUCAAUACGAAGCCCGCCUUUGGUGGUUGUUGUACACUGCUCCAUGCCUUCCUAUCGGCCUCAUCAUCUUCGCUUGGACAAGCACUGGCCCACCAAUCCACUGGAUGGGAUCUCUGGUUGGAUCAGCAAUCAUCGGCAUCGCCAACUACGCCAUCUACAUGGCCACCAUUGACUACAUGAUCUGCGCCUACGGUCCAUACUCGGCGUCUGCGACUGGUGGUAACGGCUGGGCUCGUGACUUCCUCGCAGGUGUUCUUACACUGCCCGCUACACCCUUCUUCCAAAAUAUUGGCGGAGAUAAACAUCUCGCAUAUGCCUCGACGAUUCUCUUCUGUAUAUCCCUUCUUCUCGUAGUUUCGGUCUACGUUAUCUACUGGAAGGGUCCUGAACUCAGAAAGCGCAGUCCUUUCGCGCAACAACUCAGUGCUGCUCGUGAUGAGACUGGUGGUCGCCGUGUCAGCAGCCUUCCAGGCAUCUACGGCUCUCGCGCAAACUCGUUGGCGCAGCAAGGCGGCUUGAUGCCAGAGUCUCGCAGGGGCAGUGUGGUGCGCGGUGUUCCUGGUGGUGAGAACAGGUACGAGAUGCACCGCAGGCAGAGUGCGCGUAGUACUGGAGUUGCUUAA